GUUUAGUAAUGUUUACUGAUUAAUAAUUUCCGAUCAUGAAAUAAUGUUUACAGUUACAGUUAUUCGCUUUUGAAAUCGCAUUUUACAUUACAGCUACUAUUAGUUGCCUUCUUUACCUAAUGGAUAAACGUAUCUAAUUUUACUAUCAAUAUUUAAAACAACUAGGGUACCAGGUUUGUGUGGUUGGUGUGUACCCGUUAUAACCUCAAAUAAAUUAUUAUCAAAACAUUAGGGGUAGGCCUUAUGAGUUUUAUAUUAUUUUACUCUUAUUUAUAAUAAAAAUGUUAGUUCGUUCGGUCAUUAAGUGUUUCUGUAAAUGUCAUCCAAGCUUUGUAAGGUGUUACACUAAUAGAAACAUAUUGUUCCUUCGUGAAAGAGGAAUGUUUGAAGAUAUUUUUCCAGAUAAUGGAGCAAGUUCAAUGACGGAUAUAUUAAAUGCUAAGCCCCAGUGUGUUUAUGCUGGCUUUGAUCCAACAGCCAAGAGUCUCCAUGUUGGAAACCUACUUGUUCUCCUUAACCUUCUCCAUUGGCAAAGAGGCGGACAUCAAGUUAUUGCUUUGGUAGGUGGAGCCACAGGACGAAUUGGUGACCCGAGUGGUCGAAGUAAAGAGAGAGAAGAACAAUCUAGUAAUGUGAUCCAAGAUAACCUUGAAGCUAUUACUAGAAAUAUCCAAAGAGUAUUUAAGAAUCAUGAGGACAUCUUCUGGAAGAAAAAAGAAGAAGAACCACUGUUGCCUGUUAAAGUUGUCAAUAAUGAGACGUGGUACAAGGACCUCAAUUCAUUAGACUUUAUCUGCGGAAUAGGCCGUCACUUUAGAAUGGGAAUAAUGCUUAACAGAACUGCCGUCGCGACUAGACUUAAGUCAGAUGUCGGCCUGAGCUACACAGAGUUCUCCUAUCAGAUAUUCCAGGCAUAUGAUUGGUACCAGCUCUUCAACAAAUAUGAUUGUAGAUUUCAGAUUGGAGGCAGCGAUCAGAUGGGAAACAUCCAUUCAGGUCAUGAUUACAUUGGCAAGUUUUCAAAGAAGGACGUUUUUGGUUUAACCCUUCCUCUCAUAACGACAGAAAAAGGUGAAAAGUUUGGAAAGUCAGCUGGAAACGCUAUAUGGCUGGACCCUGAACUGACGUCACCAUUUGAGCUGUAUCAGUUCUUCAUUCGAACAGCUGACGCAGAUGUGGAGAAACUUUUGAAACUGUUUACGUUUAGAAGUGUACCCAGCAUUCAAGAUCUGUGUAAAAAACAUAUGAACAAACCAGAACUAAGACAAGCCCAGAAAAUUCUUGCAGAAGAUGUUACUCUGCUUGUACAUGGAGAGGCAGGUCUAGAGAGCGCCAAGACGACAACAGCUGCAUUGUACGACUCCAGUAUAGAACAGCUGGGUAAGCUGACUGCGCAAGAUAUGGUGAAGCUGUUCAAAGGAGCGAGAGUCCUAGACUUGAUACUACGAGCAGACCUCACCAUACAAGAUCUGGCCAUGGAGGCAAAGUGUUUUGGGACUACAGGUAUCGCUCAGACCAUCAUCUCAGCAGGUGGGUUCUACAUCAACCAAAAACGUGUGACAAACCCGAGUGAGAUGGUGAGCAAGUCUGUGCACAUUCUGCCCAACAACAUCUCUCUCCUUAGAGUUGGUAAGAAAAGUUACUUCAUCAUCAGGUGGGCGACAUAGAAUAAUCUCUUAGUAUUUAGUAUAUAAUUUGUAUAAAAUAAAGUAUUCCACCAUCA